UUCAGAGUAAAUUUCAGAUUAUAUUGUAAACUAAAAGUUCUCUGGGAUGCCAAGCAUGAGGAACAAGAUUAUUUUCCGCUCUUCAUUUAGCUGGGACUCAACCUCAACAAGCUUAGCUCUCGUUUCAUUGCAUUCUUUCCUAGCAUUCCCUGUCUCCCUCUUCUGGGCCUCUAAUUCAGCCAGCAGCUGCUGAACUGUAUUAGACUUUGAAGACUGCGGUCCUCCUCCAGAACCUAGCACACAUGUUUUAUUCCUGACCACUGACUCGAAGGCAUUAUUAAUAAAUUCAGUCAUGCUAAGGGGCAAACGCAUAAAAAAUCCAUUAAAGUUUGUAGAUGAGAGGGAAAACAACAAUGCUUCUCGUUCACUUCAACCUCUAGCACCAGGAGCAUUUGAAGAUACCACUAAUGUAGAGGCUAGUGAGGCUCCUUCUCAAGAUCCUUCUCAAGCUCCUUCUCAAGCCGCUGUAAAUUCCAUUUCAUCUGAUGGAGCCACACGUUGUUCUAACUCAAAGUCUUCAUCUGCUUGGAAUGUGGAGAUAAUUGACUCUACAAAUAUGAAGAAGAAAGCUAAGAUCAAAGUCAAGGAUGUUUGCAACUUACCUAGGGGAGAGCGUGUAAUUGUAGAGGUUGACGAAGAGGGUGCGGCAUAUGGUGAAGCACAAGGUUUACUUGCUGGCUAUUGUGGUAUAUUAGCAACUAAUGCACGUAUCUUUCCAAUUAGCUUUGAAAAGUGGUCAGGACAAGAAAAUGGUGGCAUGCCUAAGUCUUUUAAGGAUGAGUGCUUUGAUACAAUGAUAAAGCCCCACUUCCAUUUUACAAGCACAGAAAAAGAUUGCCUACAGGUAUUGCAUUCAAAGUAUUGCAAAAAAGUGGGCAACAUAUAGGCAAAGAUUGUGGAAUAAGUUCUAUGAUCCAACCAUGAGAAGAGAAGCAUUGGUGAACAAUGUUCCUGAUGAUAUUCCAAGAGAUCAAUGGGCUUGCUUUGUCAAUUAUCGACUA